CCGAAGCAAGUAGGUGAUUGCUCUUAAAAACAUCCGCCGCUGAUAACAUCGUCCGUUUCCUAAUAGAAAAAAAAAAAGAAAAAAAGAAUUAAUAAUGAAAUCGUGGCCGAGUAAUCGUUUAUCAAACAUGAACGCCCGACGAGCGCCUAAAUAAUUUAAUUGGACGUCAGAAAAACGGCUUAUUAUCAGCGAUUGACCCCCGACGAAAAGUCGCGUGGGGAUGCGUGAAUGUCACUGACAUUGGUGCCGUAAUACAUUCAAGAUGCUGAUACAUUGCUACGGCAAUGAAGCUGAUGAUAAUUCGUGUACGAUGUUUGCUCGAAGAGAGCCAGUGUGAAAUUGUAUUUGGUCACAUGAGCAUGGAAGAUACUCUCUUGUUUCCUCUCUCUAUGUAAGUCAAGUCCAAAGAUCUACAUUAUCUAGUUAGAGGAAGCAAACUUUUGAGAAGAUCGAGUGAAAUUAGAGAAUCGAAAGAGGAUCAAAACGUUAGUUUGGUUUCCUAGAGAUGUAGCGAUGCCUCACUACUCGGCACGAGUACGACAGGGCUGCGAUCGAUCUUACAUGGAUUCCAUUUCUCCUGUUGCGAAAGCGAAUCGAUCUGCGACUUGCACAUACGUCCACGCAUCCUUGACAAACGUGACAGAGAGGUUCUACGAAAAUAAUAACGUGCAGAAUUCACGGUCACCGUACGGGUGGAAAAAACGGGUGGGAAUAAGCGACAGACGAAGAUGGCCCUCGACUUUUUCGCCGGAUGUGUCGGAGGAUUUGCCGGUGUUAUGGUGGGAUAUCCUCUGGACACCAUCAAAGUCCACAUGCAAACGCAAGAUUACCGCAAGCCAAAGUACAGGGGCAACUGGGAUUGCUUUCGGACGAUACUCGCAAAAGAAUCGGUAGCAGGCCUUUACCGGGGCAUAUCGUCGCCGUUGGCUGGCGUGACGUUGGUGAACGCCGUGAUAUUCGGCGUGUACGGCGAGACCCGUAGGCACAUACCGGAUCCCAACUCGUUGUCCUCGUGCUUCGUCUCCGGCGCGUUGGCGGGUCUCGCUCAAAGUCCAAUCUGCAGCCCGAUCGAACUGGCGAAAACGCGGAUGCAACUACGAGCAUCCAGCAACAGGGCGCAAUUCUCCGGGCCGAUGGACUGUCUCAGAUACACGUACGAACACGAAGGGUACCGCGGCGUGUUCAGAGGUUUGAACGUCACGUUACUCCGGGAAGUACCAAGCUUCGGUACCUACUUCCUCACGUACGAGAUUUUAACCAGAACGCCCGACAACGCUCCCGUCUCGACGCCGUACAUGCUGCUGGCCGGUGGGCUAGCCGGUACCGCUUCCUGGACCGUGUCAUACCCGCUGGACCUGGUCAAGUCCCGAAUUCAAGCGGACGGGCAUCGUUACGCCGGGCUGGUCGACUGUUUUAGGCAAACGGUGACGAAGGAAGGAUACUCGUGCUUGUACAGAGGUCUCAGCUCGACCGUCAUCAGGGCCUUUCCAACCAACGCCGUCACCCUCACCGUGGUCACCUGGACCUUCAGAUUAUUCGGACAGGACAACGAUUCCGUCGCGACGACCAAUCAUUCUCAACGGGAGAUACUUGUGAAAACGAUGGAGCCCGUCGGUGUAUUUUGGGGUACGCGCGAGCCUUUCUUGGAGAAUUGGAACAACUUCUUGACCGGCAUGCCUGGAAGAAUGGCGAUUCAUGGGUUGCCGUGUUCCACGCUGUCGCUGACGUCGAUCGACGAGUUGAAGCUCGAGGAGGAGAUGAAGCACGGAAGAGAGGAGGGUGAGAAGAGAAGGAUGUCCAGGGAGGAUGUCGAGAAUUUGGAGGAACUCUGUGAAAAGAAAGUGGAGAGGACUGUUGUUAAAACAGUGAACACGGUUUCGAUGGCUCUCGCUUGAGGAAAUCUCCGGUAGCAGCCUCGCGAGCAGAACUGUAAUGAAAGUUACGUUUGUUAUCAGAGAGACUGUCACAGCGUUUCUUAUAUUUUACGAAAGUUUCUUUUGUAGAACUGUAUAUAAAAAUAGAUUUUAUGGUAUCGUAUUA